UUUUCAGAUUGUGUUGUGUUACAUUGCCCCGUCCGGUGUUUACGUUAUUUUCACAACUGAAAUACCUAAUGCACUGCGUCAUUCAGUUUAGUUCAGGUCAGCUGCUUAUCUUCUGUUGGCUGGAAGGAUACUGCGUUUGCUGUAAUAUUGGGCGUAUGGGAUCUGAGAUAUUCUCAAUUUGAGGUGCUGGAGGUAACUCGCAAAGUUGAAUCGCACGGAAUGUCAGGCAUCUUAAACUCUCGUCAGGGAAUGUCGUUCGAGGAAAGAUCUGAUGCGGAGGAGGAAGAAGGAAUAUUGACGGAUGAUGGAAGCAGUAGUAUUUUCCAAUCACAAGAACAACAACAACAUCAUGUCCUCAUUUCUUCCACCAACGAUAUUGCAAUGCUUACGGAAGUUCCAAACUACAAGACGAUUCAUACCGCAUGGCUGGGCCUCUUUAUGUUGCUCUUGACGAUUGCAGUGUUUAUCAUCUCGACCAUUGUUCCUUUCGCAUGUGAUAGAAAGCAUUUACCUGUAAAUCACACCGCCCAUCAUCAUAAUGGAAAUGGUGGCCAUAAAGGGAAUCCUAUCUGCUUUAUGAAACCUGUUUCGCUUUUGUUAUACAUCCAAUGUGGAAUGUGGGCUAUAUUUUUGAUCUGUGACCAAUUUAUUCGAUAUCAGCACAUAAAGAUUAGAAGGAGAGGAUACAUCAAUUUCUUUAAUGAGUGUCAGAUCGCAAGUCAGCUUCCAUUUUGGAUUGUGUCAACGUUCAACACGCUUCUUCUUGCGGUAUCCACCGUACUUCGUGACCACUGCAAGUCAGCGACCAAGUGUGGCAAGUCAAUUCAUCUUACACGCACGGAAUACCUGACAAUUUGUAUCGGAUUAGAAAGCGUAGUAUUACUAGUCGCUAUUUCCACGUACAUGUAUCAAGUCGUGAGAUUCAACAGAAGCAAAGUUCCUCCCGACGUGUUUCGUGACGAUAUGGUGUCUUCUGCUACAGACUUUAGACACAACUCAUUGAGUCAAAUGGAAGAGGAAGUAUUUCAACGCCAAGCCGACUUGAUUCAAUAUUUCAAAGACAGAAACGUUAUUCUUCAGAAAACUGUACUGCAUCUUCACAAUCGAGCCAAUGCUAUUCAAGCUCAACCUUCAUGAACUGACUUCCUAGAAUAAAAUUAUUGACUUUGUUUAUAGAUAUUUACUUUGUGUAGUAUUAUGGGCGCAAGUAUCUGAUAAAUGUGCAUUUUAUUUAUCGGUGUGAAGGACUGAUUUUCCUCAAUUAUUGUAAUUAUGUGAUGAAGAAUAUAUAAAUGAAAUUAUAUUCAUA